AUGACUACAACAUCGCGCGAAGAGACACGACGACGACAUUGGCUCAUGAGACAGAAGCAGAACAUUGUCGCCCCAUCUCCUCCCAUGAGGAAGAGCCAGAACACUCCCGCUCCUUCUCCUUCCGCUCCUCCUGAGCCUCAGCCUCGGCUUCCAGAUGUCAUCACGAUCCAACGCCUCAGCUUCCUCCAGCGCUUUCUUGGCCUCUUCUCACAUCUGAAAAAUACAGUAGUGUGCGCCCAUCUGGGUGAGACUCGUAACUUGGCACUCCGCGCCAAGGUUGGCGAUGGCGAGCUCGGCCUGGGCGUCUAUGAGGGGUUGCUCGUCUCCCUGGGCCUCCUCCCCCUGGCUCAGUUCCCAUUUAGCGCUCUUGGCAAUCAACCACUUGAGAAACCGCUCCCGCUUGGCUUCGUCCGGCUUCAAGGGUCCAGGAUUUGA